GGUUAGGACCUCCAUAGCAUCUACUUCCCCUACAUUUCCUCCACCUCUUUUUUAUUUUCAUUUAUUUUUCCAAAGGCAGCAAUUCCCAAAAUCCCCUCCAAAACCAGUUAUUUAACCAUUCCUUUAUCUUAUCAGUAGCUACCAAGAAACAGAAUCACAGCAAAGAGAGGUGGAAGGAGGCAUAAGGAGCAGUAUAGUUUGGUGGUGAUUUUUAUUCUCUUGUGGUGGUGUAGUGUCCUCCAAGCAUUCAUUGUUUUUUUUCUGCUUUAGCUGAGGAGGUUAGAUUUUCAAUACAGUUAACAGGAAGAGAGGUUGCCACUCCCAUACAUUCAUGGUCAUCACUGAUUGAAGAAUCUUUUCAUUUGGGUGUUGUGUCAAUUCAUUUGAAGAGUGAGAAGGUCAAGGGAAGUAGCUAGAGCUGCCCACAUCGACUAGCUCUGAGAUUAAAUUUGAAAACAUUGAUCUUCAUCACCCUUUUGUAUUAAAGAUGUUGCUGAAUUGUGAUCCUAAUGACAGAGAAGGUAGUAUGAAUCUUGUGGAGGACCUGACCAUGAAUGCCAACCAAGUACAGCAACAGAUACUUCACGAAAUACUAACACAAAAUGCGGACACGGAGUAUCUAAAGGGCUUUCUCAGCAGUGGUGAUCACUUCCUUAGGGAGCUCUUCAAGAAGAAAGUUCCCAUUGUGAACUAUGAGGAUAUCAAGCCACAUAUCGAGCGAAUUGCCAAUGGAGAACCAUCACAGAUCAUUUCUGCUCAACCCAUAACAGAGCUUCUAACUAGCUCAGGAACUUCAGGAGGACAGCCAAAGUGGAUGCCAUCAACAGCAGAAGAAUUGGAUAGAAAAACCUUCUUGUACAACCUCCUUGUUCCUGUUAUGAACCAGUAUGUGGAUGGUCUAGACCAAGGAAAGGGGAUGUAUCUCCUGUUUAUAAAACCGGAAAUUAAGACUCCCUCUGGUUUAAUGGCGAGACCAGUACUAACCAGCUACUAUAAGAGCAGUAACUUCAGAAACCGGCCUUUCAACAGGUUUAAUGUGUACACAAGCCCAGAUGAGACCAUCUUGUGUCCAGACAACAAGCAGAGCAUGUACUGCCAAUUGCUCUGUGGUUUGAUCCAGAGAGAUGAGGUGCUUAGAGUGGGUGCAGUCUUCGCAUCUGCAUUACUAAGAGCAAUCAAGUUCAUGGAGGAUCACUGGCAAGAGCUAUGCUCAAACAUAAGGACGGGCCAUGUCAGUGAGUGGAUAACAGAAUCAAGUUGCAGAAACGCAGUACUGGACAUCCUCAGACAACCCAAUCCAGAGUUGGCCGAUUUGAUCGAGUUUGAAUGUAAGGAGAAAUCCUGGGAAGAGAUCAUCAAGAGGGUGUGGCCAAGAACAAAGUACAUUGAUGUUAUAGUAACGGGAUCGAUGGCCCAAUACAUCCCCACCCUUGAUUUUUACAGUGGUGGGCUACCUCUGGUGUCAACAAUGUAUGCUUCAUCAGAAUGCUACUUUGGUAUCAAUCUCAAUCCUCUAAGCGAACCAUCAAGUGUCUCCUAUACACUCCUUCCCAACAUGGCCUACUUUGAGUUCCUUCCUGUAAACAAAAACCAAGAAGAAGAGGUUGAAGGAGUAGUCCCACCUAAUUUGAACUCAGCAGAGAUGAAUUGCUCUAAAAAGGAGGACAAGGAGGCAGGGGAAGAAAAGGGUGAAGCUGUCGAUCUUAUACAAGUGAAACCCGGUCACUAUUAUGAACUCAUUGUCACCACUUUCACAGGGCUAUACAGGUACAGAGUGGGAGACAUUCUAAUGGUGACAGGAUUCCACAACAAUGCCCCACAGUUCCGUUUCGUACACCGGCAGAAUGUGGUGCUAAGCAUCGACACAGACAAGACCAACGAAGAAGACCUGCUGAGGGCAGUUACAGAAGCAAAGCAACUCCUCGACCCACUGGGUUUCCUCCUCACCGAGUACACCAGCUACGCAGACACUUCGUCCAUCCCAGGUCACUAUGUGCUCUUCUGGGAGCUCAAAGCAAGGAGGAUGAGGAGAGGGGAUCUGGAUGAGCAGCUUCCAGAGGUGAUGGAAGAAUGUUGCUCCACAGUAGAAGAGUCGCUGGAUUCCGUGUACAGGAGGUGUAGGAGCAAAGACAAAUCCAUUGGGCCGUUGGAGAUAAGGGUGGUGAGGCACGGGGGGUUCGAUGCGCUCAUGGAUUUCUGCGUUUCUCAGGGUUCCUCUGUAAAUCAAUACAAGACGCCCAGGUGUGUCAAGUCCGGCGAAGCAAUUAAGAUUUUGGAUUCCAGGGUGAUGGGUAGAUUUAUGAGUAACAGAACUCCUUCGUGGGAACCUUACAGAAUGGGAAGCUCAAAAAAUUGACA